AUGGCACGAUACAAGCGCCAAGAGCUGGACCCGGCGGUAGCUCUGGUGAUUGGUGGGGCCAAGGGGACUGACGUAGCUAGGGACACACAAAUCCCCUACAAUACACUCAUGAACAACGUCCGCGCAACCAAGGCCGGCAAGACACGCAAACGAAUGGGUCCACCGACGGCGUUGCCUGACACGUGCGAGCUAGACCUCGUG